UCAUAGAGAAUUCAAGUGCCAUCAAUUCAGAUCCAUGUGGAUCUAUGUCCCUUUGGCCCGUAUUUGGACCCGUUUCACCACACCAUGGCUCACAGCAAUUCUAAUUUCUAUCGAUCAAAGUCUCUUAAUGCUCAGUGGGAGGACCUCAGUCGCUCCGUAAGCUAUGUUUUGAACGAGCACGAGGGACCCGAACCGAAAGCGGAACCUCUCCGACAGAUCAUUUCAACUCACUGGGUUGACAGCUUGGAACGAACGCACUGCGCCGAAAGAGAUUGCCGGAGGAAAUUUACAUUGACGGAAAGAAAGCAUCAUUGUCGAAGAUGUGGUGAAGUGUUUUGUGGCAAGUGCUCUCAAUACAGGCGUCGUCUGUCGUUGUUUGCAACUCCAGAUCCAAAUGGGAUUAAUUAUAGGGUGUGUAAGAGGUGUUUUGAUGUAGGGCCCCAGACAUUUGGAGCAGCCCGCCCACUGCUAAGAGAAUUUCGCAUUUGGCGUGAAAGAAAGAAAGCAGACAGGAACAACAAUCACAAUGAUACACCCGUUCAACCUUUGAGUGAUGUCAAAGAAGAAUUGCAAAGACUUGUUGACGGCUACACAAAGCAUAUUGGCAACUCAAAAAUCAAGUCUUUUGUGCUGGAAGCUUUUAGCUUUGUCAAAAUUCCUGACUGGCAAAAAUCAAAAUACUGGAUGCCAAGCUCAUCAAGGAGUGGUUGUACUUUGUGCAGUAAAAAGUUUGCCGUGACGGAAAUGAAGUCGAAUUGCAAGGUUUGCGGAGCAAUAAUCUGCUCAUCGUGUUCUUCAGAAACGCUCAUCCUAUACCCCGCUGAACCAUCUCGUACCGUACAGUGGGCUCUUAUCAACAUCAUCGGUUCCCCGGAUAAAGAGCCACCAAGCUGUUUAUAUCUACGAGUAUGUAACGCUUGCCACAGUGAAGUAGCGGUACUACAGGGAAAUACCUUCACAGAUGGACCUGCCGUGGGGUCAAUAUUAGAUGAUAUCGCAAAUAUCCACACGACUCUCAAAAGGCUUCAAGAAAAAAUAAGCGAUUUGUUGCCCAAGUACGAGACGCUUGUUGACGCAGUUGAGGCAAAAGGCGACUUGAAAGAGUUGGUUCCGGCUGAGAGCAGCGCCACUGAAACACUGGCCAAGUAUCAUGUCGAUUUAUCGGAUUUAUUUACACAGUUUGCAAUCGACAUGCAGAGCGUCCGGCGACUUAAACCGCAAACUAACACACAGAUAAAACUCGCCAAGAAUUUAACCAGCAGCAUGUUUAAUUUCUAUGGUGAUAACUUCCCAGUGUUUAGAGAAUGCAAAAAACGCCUGGUUGAAAUACUGCCGCAAGAAAUUCUAGAAAAAGUUCAAGUGAUAGUUGAUCAGAAUGCCAUCAACAACUCGUACAUUUAUAUUAAACAACUGGGACUUGAAGCUUUGUUGUUGGCAGAAAAACACAAGUUCGACAACCAAAUCGCCGUUUUUCUCGCCGAUUGUGAGAAUGUUUGUCUCAACGAUUUGAGAACCCAGAUCGAGGCCUGCGGGGAGGACUGGGUGCGACACCAAGAAGUUCUUAAAGAAAUGCUUCAUAUUAACGUCAAAAAGCAUCGUCUGAUCGUUCCCUCGAGAAGAUGGACCCAAGCCCAAGGUGCAGUCUACGUUCAGGCGUACUUGUUUGAUCGCUGUAAUCUGCUUGUGGCCAAGACAUUUCGACAGUUGAGUGCGAAAACCACAGAGAAAAAAUUCUCGUCCUCUAAACAGGCAUUGCAAAAAUUAAGGGAAGAGCUGUCUUGUUUACAGUAAUCCGAUAGAAAUUACGUAGUACAUUGUGACAUGGCGUAAGGGAACACCCUUGUAUACGGCCACGCAUUUGUAAACACUGCAUUUGUGGACCGGUAAGACAACAACAACAACAACAGCAGCCAUUUAUUUGUACUCAAUUUAUAAAAUAAUUACAAUAAACAUUAAAUUAGUACAGAGUACUGCCUGCCCAAAAUAACCAUAAGGGCUAAAAAGGGGCAUUGAGUGGCGGCCCCCAGCCUAAUCUUUAUAGUCUAUCCUGUAGAAGGGACCAUAUCAUGGUCGCAGCCACAUAUUAGCACUGCUACACUUGUCGCCGGUUUAGACAUGCUUCGUGUAAGAGAACAUACGUGUAUCAAAAAUUGUAAUUUGGAGCAGGCAGCAUGGCCUUGUGCACGCUGGCCUUGUCACCUGAAGUUCUUGGCUUCCAUUCCUCCCUGCAACUAGUCGCAUAUCUGUUCGUUAUCCUCCACGCUUUGUAAAUAGCAUUUACUGGUGUGCCUACUGUGUGUCGGUAUCAGGCCCAGCUCAGUUUGAUAAUUUUUCAUAUAGACUCAGCAACCCCAAAAUCGCAAAAGACGUAUAAAUUACAUUACUUUGCCUUUAUUAAUGUUUUAUUUUUGUAACUAUUUCUUUUACUUCAUAUUGGAUAUUGAUGCCAAAAAUAACAUGUUAUAAAUGUAUUAAAUGUAAUUUCUACAAAAACAAGAUUGCUCGUAUAAUAAACAACAAAGGAAUGUAGCGA